CCAAAAACAACUUUUCUCAUCAAUUAUACAUAUCUAAAUACGCGUAAUAUGCAUGUGAAAUGUAAACGCGUGUCAAAUAGAAAGAUAGAGAAAUACUAUUAUAAUUCGAUCGCGGCAAAGUUGGCUAACAUAAAGUUGGCUGCAUAGAUACGCGGCCAAGCGAUCCAUCGCAACAACUGUUUAUCGUUGACUUUCUCGGUAACAAGGAAAUUAAUCGCUUAACCAUCGAAUGAUAUAUUGGAAAAUGACGUAUACGUAAAGCCAUGAAACAGCAAGCUCGAUCGCGACAAGAACAAGAAGGAGGCGAAGGAGAAGAAGAACAUAACAAGUGGUGGAUACUGACGCUAAGAUUCCUCAAGACCUAUUGGAAAAUAAUAUUUGCUAUAACAUGGGCAAUGUUUCUGGCACCGUUCCUUUUCAUUUACAAUUAUCCGGAAGUAAGAUGCGCGUACACGAUACUACUGAUGGCUGGAUAUUGGAUCUGUGAAUGUUUCCCUUUGGCCAUCACCUCGCUUUUACCAUUGGUCUUGUUUCCUCUCUUGGGUGUACUUAGCACAGCGGAGACGUGCAGUUGUUACAUGAACGACACUAUAAUGGUUUUCAUAGGGGGUUUGAUUCUGGCUGUAGCCAUCGAACAUAGCAAACUGCAUUUAAGAAUCGCUCUUGGAGUUAUGAAAAUGGUUGGCUGCAGCCAUGGCCGAUUACUCGCCGGUCUUUGCGUCGUAACUACCUUUAUAUCUAUGUGGGUUUCCAACACCGCCGCUACCGCCAUGAUGGUGCCUAUCAUAUUUGCCAUUCUUAACGAACUAGAACAGGUAUCGUGCUGCGAAUCAUUAACUCUACACGAUUCUACGUACAACCUUUUUCUUCUUCUUACUUUACAGGCUGGAUUAGGUAGAGUUUUCAAUAAAAUACCGGCAGAUCCAGACAAUAUGGACCAAGAACCGGAAUUACAACCGACAAGAGUGACGAAAGCGUAUUUGAUGGCCGCGGCGUAUUGUUCGACAUUCGGUGGUACAGGGACGCUGGUCGGUACCGGCACCAAUCUUACCUUCAAGGGAAUUUACGAAAACACCUUUCCCGAAUCCGGAGGUAUCAACUUUACGCAGUGGAUGUUCGCAUCGAUUCCUCAAAUGAUUGUAAAUACCGCGUUAACCUGGCUCUAUCUUCGCAUAAUGUUCAUGGGCUUCCUCAGACCGGGUAGCAAGGACGCGGAACUGUCAAAUAUUGGCCCGGAAGGAGAGGCGGUGACAAAUCGAGUGGUACAGCAAAGAUACAGCGAUCUGGGUAACAUUACGUUCCACGAAAAAGGAGUUGCCACUCUUUUUAUCGCCUGUAUAUUUCUAUGGAUAUUUCGAAAACCUGGUUUCGUACGUGGAUGGUCCGAGGCUAUAUCGGACAUAGAUAUACGGGAUUCAACGCCUGUCAUACUCGUCUCGAUUCUGAUGUUUUUUAUUCCAAAAGACCCAACUUUCAUUUACAGUUACAGCCCAGAUCCUGAAAAAAGGCCGCAGAAAGCUUCCGAAGGUUUGAUCACCUGGGACGUGAUCGAGACAAAGAUGCCUUGGAGUUUAAUGUUUCUGUUAGGCGGAGGAUUCGCGAUAUCCAAAGGCAGCAUAGCUUCCUGUUUGGCCAAAAGAAUUGGGGACGCUUUGGUACCGCUCAAACACUUACCGCCUGUAAUCAUCUUAGUUCUCGUUUCGUUGUUCAUCGGUACUAUCACGGAAUUCACCAGCAACGUUGGCAUCGCGAACAUUACAUUGCCGGUGGUUGCACAAAUGUGCGUUGCGAUGGAGAUACAUCCUUUAUACUUGAUGGUACCGGCAACUAUAAUGUGUUCUUAUUCCUUUCGAUUACCGGUUGGUACACCACCGAACGCGAUCGUCACGAUCGUCGGUCGAAUUCCGACAAAGUGGCUGAUGAUCGGAGGCUGCGCGCCUGCUAUUUACUCCCUCAUAGUGCAGAGUAGUUUCUUCGUUGUUUGGGGUGUUUACGUUUAUGGUGCUCAUGGAUUCCCAUCGUGGGCCUCUAAUCUUCACGCGUCCAAUUCAACUUGUUCUUCUUCUUCUUCUUCUUCUCGUUCCGUUUUAAAUUGACUGUGUUUUUGAUACCGACG